GCUGAACAUACUAAACGCCCCUUGGGCAACAUGGCAGCGCACUCUCCGCCUCCACCCAUCGCUGGCGGCACCACCUCCGUCGACCCGAACCCGAAGAGCUCGUACGGAUCCGCGGCCGCGCAGAACCUGCGGAGCGCCAUCGCCAACGCGGACGCCGCCCGGUCGAGCAGCAGCGCCAGCACCCGAAGCGGCAGCCCGACGCCCCGCACCUGGCUCAGACGCUUCUCCGAGUCGCUCUCGCCCUUCAUGGCCCCGACAAACGCGAACGGCCCGCCGCCGAUGCCUGUGCGCCCCAGCGACCACGCGUGCGCCGACCAGCCUGGCGCCGAGGAGGCCGUCGAGGCCCCACCCGCGCAGCAGACGCACCUCGGUCUCAGCGCGUCCCUGCUGACGAGAGCCGGCCUGCUACCUUCGCGCUCGUACGCCUCCACCAUCCACCUCCCGCCGCACAUCCCUCGGCUCGGCGCCACGCCCACCUCCCAAGGCGACAUCCGCGCAAGCACGAUGCAGCUCUCCGCGCUCCCCCUCCCCUCCUCCUACUCGCCCUCUCUCUCGCCCUUCAAGCACACGACCGCCCACGGCUCUCCGUCCAUCCUCAAGCAGCCCGGGAGCGCCGUCUCCACACCCGCCCCGAUCCCGGAAAACAGCCCUCCGCCCGC